AUGUCCCAUUACCCUAACGAACUUCUCCAACUAGUUGCUAGUGGAGAUCCCUUGGACAAUUCCGUCUUGCUUUGGACCCGUGCAGUCCCUAUUGGCUCGCAGCUUCCCGACCAGAGCAUCCCCGUUUGUGUGUCGUUCAAGAUCUUCGACAACGCCAAGCUUUCCGGUCGUCCCGUAGACUCGGGGGAUGCUUUCACCACUUAUGAUGUCGACUGGACCUUGAAGGUUGAGGCAACGAACCUGAAACCCGACACCCACUACUGGUUCCAGUUUGCCGACUGCACGAACACAAGCACCGUAAGCCCUGUUGGGAACACGCGAACAAUUUCCAGCCCAGACACCCCAGCCGAGCAGGUGAAUGGAGGGAAACCCUUGACGUUCGCAGUGUUCAGUUGCUCCCAAUACCAAGCAGGGUGGUUCAACGCAUAUGGAGUUGCGGCACACAACACCACAGCGGACAUAUUCUUGCACCUCGGCGACUAUGUACCUUACACCGGACACCCUAGCGCACCGAUCGGCCGUAAAACUCUUGGCAGAGAAUUGGCGACCAUCGCGGACUAUCGCCAACGCUUGAAUCAGUACAGAACGGAUGUAAGCUUGAGGGAUGCUCAUGUUAAGGGUCCUUGGAUCACUGAUGACCAUGAAGUCGCCGAUCAGUCCUGGAAGGCCGGUACCGCCAACAGCAACGACACGAGCGUCGGAUGCAGCUUCUCUCCCUCGGGCGCGUGUUUCACAGACAGGAAGCUUGCUGCUGUACGCGCAUAUCACGAAUGGAUGCCCAUCCGACAGGUUGAUCCCGACGACAAGCUUCGUAUUUGGCGCAACUUCCAGAUUGGCAAGCUUCUGGAUCUCACGAUGCUGGACACUCGCCAAUACGACCGUGACAUCACUGAUGUGAUCAUCAACUCCAUCGCGGAUGUAACGAACCGCUCGCUUAUGGGCCCGGAGCAGGAAGCCUGGUUCUACGACACAGUCUCGCAAUCGAAGGCUCGGGGUGCAGUAUGGCGCGUUGUAGGGCAGCAGAUUGUCUUCACGAUGUUGAACGAGAGUGGUGCUUUGGACGAUGCCUGGGACGGUUACCGCUCGAACCGUAACAGAAUUUUGGAUCACUUGUACCAGAAUAAGAUCAGCAACACGCUCAUUCUUUCCGGGGACUCACACGCCAAUUGGGUCAGCGAUCUCGCUCACCCGAACCAGACCGUCACGUACAACCCCAUCACAGGCGACGGCGCAAUCGGCGUGGAAUUUGCAGGGACUGCAGUCACGUCCGGGUCCCCAUUCGGCUCGAAUGUGACGCCGGAGCGUGCGGACAACGUAUCUACGGGUUACGUCGCGGUGAACACUGACCUGCAGUGGAGCGAAGGCUCGUACCGCGGCUUCUUCACCCUCACGCUCGACCCCCACCAGGCGAACGCGACGUACUGGGCGAUGAGGAACAUCAGCAACCCCAACCUGGACGGCUUCCCGAGCGCCACGUUCAUUGUCAAAGCAGGUGCGAACAAGCUGAGUCGUCCCGUCGCGGGAGGCAAGGUCGCGGCCGGUGUUCUCAAAGUCCAAGGCUAG